AUGAUCCCCUCUACCUUUACCCCGAGCCUCACUCGAAGGGACACCAACAAGUCGGGCGCGGGAUAUGAACCUUCACAUGGCCUCCCACCUCCAACAACAAGCGGAGGGGGUCUCCUCGGCCCGCAAAGUGCAGGUGCCAUCUAUCAGCAGAUCCAUGAGAUGGCCGCGAAACGGAUUUCAACACUCGACUACCUCAGGAAAGCCCAUGAAGGACGUGUGUAUUGGUUUAACACUGUGCACUUCUCCCGCGCAGAUAUCGCCCGCCUACCCUAUUUCGAAGCGAAGAAGCUCUCUCGUCGGGCCAUCAAUUAUCUACUCCUUGGACUGUCCCUGCCUACUAUAUUGGAUGUGAACUCGACCCCCUUUGAAUAUCUGCGAGCCCUCAAUGCUCUGCUCUUGGAGUUUGAAGCUUAUCAGCAAGUACAUCCCCCGGAUGGGAGCUCAUCGUCAAGUUUGGCCAGAGCUCGCAUUCCCCAGAUGUUCAAACGUGCAGCACAUGCAGGCACCAAGACUCGCCGCGCCAGCUCUGCCACGGAGAUUGGACUCCCAAUGCAAUCCAGUGACCCAUCGGAUUUGAAAAGCACGGCGGGGAAUCUGGGUUCGGCCUCUUCUGGGGCCUCGGUCUCGUCCUUCCCUCUGACUGAAUCCUCGGACCUUCUCCCCGGAGAAGAUUAUACUUAUCUCCUGACGCCUUCGUUGCCUUUUGAGCCGGAUUUCUUCGAAACUUUUGCAACGCUAUGUGAUGUCUUGAUCGACUGUUAUAGCCGGCUUACCACGCUAGUAUCCUCUCCUUCGGUAUGCACGGUGGCCUUGGGAGAGACAUUUUCGAAGGCAGACGCCAGGUUACGGAAAAUUAUGGUCGCAGGUGCAGUGCGGGAGUUCGAAGAUGCGAGCCGAAACAGUGCCAAGAGCGAAAUUGCUGGAGUGAGUCGGGUGGUCCUCGGGGGCCUUUUGGGAUAG